CUGAUUUGCAAAAUGGCUGCGCCCAUCAUACGUGUAAUUGUUGUUUUGAUAUGUUUGAAAAUAACAACAUAUGAAUGCAAAGUUAUCACAUCUUCCGAUAUGAUACACUACAGAAAGAAAGUGGAAGAAAUGUUUCAUCAUGCAUAUGAUGGCUACAUCCAGUAUGCCUAUCCAUAUGAUGAGCUGAGGCCCCUCUCUUGUGAUGGCCAUGACACGUGGGGCAGCUACUCCUUGACACUGAUAGAUGCCCUGGAUAUGCUUGUCAUCAUGGGAAACAACACUGAGUUCCAGAGAGUUGCCAACCUUGUCAUUGAGAAUAUGAACUUUGACAAUGAUAUUAAUGUCUCAGUCUUUGAGACCAAUAUUAGAGUUGUGGGUGGCCUGUUGUCAGCACAUCUUAUGUCGAAGCGCGGUGGUCUAACCCUGGAGCCUGGCUGGCCUUGUUCCGGUCCACUCCUUCGCCUAGCUGAGGAUGUUGCUCGCAGGCUACUGCCAGCCUUUGAUACUGCCACUGGUAUGCCAUAUGGAACUGUGAAUCUGAAGUAUGGGGUCCCAAAAGGGGAAACAACUGUUACUUGCACAGCAGGAGUGGGCACAUUUAUAGUGGAGUUUGGUGCCCUUAGCAGGUUGACAGGGGACCCCAUCUUUGAGAAAGUGGCCAUGCGAGCUAUGAAAAGUCUUUGGAGAGCAAGGUCUAGCAUUGGCCUGGUGGGUAAUCAUAUUGAUGUGGCCUCGGGCAAGUGGACGGCGCUGGAUGCAGGAGUGGGAGGGGGCAUUGACUCCUACUUUGAGUACCUUGUUAAGGGUUCUGUCAUGUUGUCUAACACAGAGCUACUUGACCAGUUCUAUGAGUACCUGGAAUCCGUGGAGCAAUACCUGAAGAAGGAUGACUGGUACAUGUGGGCCCACAUGACAAAGGGAACCGUCAGUCUCCCCAUCUUUACAUCACUAGACUGCUACUGGCCAGGAAUUCAGGCGAUGUUAGGAGAUGUGGACAAGGCCAUGAAGACGAUGCACAACUUCCACCAGGUGUGGAAGCAGUAUGGCUUCCUGCCCGAGUUCUACAACAUAGUGAAGAACGAGCCACAUGCCGGACGUGAAGGAUACCCCCUCAGACCUGAGCUGGUGGAGGCAGCAAUGUACCUGUACCAGGCCACCCGGGAUCCCUUCCUGCUACAGUUGGGUGUCGACAUGCUAACAUCCAUAGAACAAAUCACUCGCACUAAGUGUGGAUAUGCAACUGUGAAGGAUGUGACGGACCACACCCUGGAGAACCGCAUGGAGAGUUUCUUCCUGGCUGAAACCGUCAAAUACCUCUACCUUCUAUUUGACGAGGAUAACUUUAUACACAACUCUGGCGACCACGGAACCAUCAUACAAACACCUAAUGGCCAGUGUGUUGUUGAUACAGGUAGCUAUAUUUUCAACACAGAGGCUCACCCUAUUGAUACAGCUGCUCUAUACUGCUGCAGUGCAGAGAAAAAAGAGCAUGACCUUGAACUUCAGGAUUUCCAUGAUAACCUUGACCUCCUCACCUUGUUUAACCUGAAUGACAACACAGACACCAUCGAGGGGGUCAGGUGGAGCACAUACAAGAAGAGAAAUGACACCUUGACAGAUAUGCAGCAAAACUUGGAAAGUUUGAGUGAGCAAAUUAAAAAGUACCAGGUUAAAACCGAAGGGGACCAUCAGAGGAUUAUGUCCACCAAGGGUGAAAAAUUUACUGUGAACCAGAGACAGUCAUCUUCCACCAAAGUUGUUACAAUAAAUGGAAAACAUAUCAAAGGAAUGAAAGCUAUUCAAGAGCAGAAUCCGCAAGCUGGGUCUGAACUGAGUGGUGUGGUAUCUCCACCAGAAACAAAGCCUUUGCAACAAGUGCAGGACCCUGAAAAUGACAGAUUUGAUGACCAAGAAAAUGAAGAAGACCAGUCGCAAGACCAAGAAAGCAUUGAAAACAAUGUGGAUUCUAAUGCAAAUUCAGAAUUUACAGUUACACCAGCUGAAAGUCUAGCAGCAGUUAAUAAUGAUGUGAAAUUUCAUUCCAUUAAAUAUGAGACACCAUUCAAAAAGACUGAGAGUAAAAUAACAGAUGUGUUAAAGCUAAUAAAGUCUUUCACUGAAGACUACUUAGCUAAUAGUGGAGUAAAAAGUGUUAAAACAUUGCAUGAAAAGCUGCAGUAUUAUAGUUUAUUCCAUCAUGAAAAGCCUGAAAGGUUAAUGUGUGAAGCUCAACCAUUUUACACAAGAUUUUCGCUGAUGGGGGAAAUGUUUUUAUCUGAUAAAUAUUGAACUGAAGUGAUUUAUAAGCAUAAAAAGUAAUAGACUAGUGAAUGCCUUCAUGUGAUACAAAUUCCUCAUCUUUUUUUUUAGCUCAACUAUUUGAAAAUGGGGUUUAACAAUUCCGAGAAUGUUUUUUUUUGGGGGGGGGCACAUUUGCAUCUGCAUUGCGUUUCAGGCUUGUAUCAAGUUUGGCAUGACGACACAUAUGUCCGUAAUCACUCAUGGGGUUAAUUUAAACUUUCACCAAUAUGAACAUAAAAUUUCUAGGUUACAUGUACUAGAAUAUUACUUUAAUAAUUAAAAACCAACAAUUGCUUGUGUAACUUAAAAAAAAUAGUUUAAAUUAAACUUGAAUGCGAAAUGGACCUAGCAGCAUAAUAGGUGAGUAUACUACCUUUAGAAAGCCCUUGUUAAUUUUUAUUAUACACCUACACAAAAUGUAUUACAAUUCAUAUCCAUAAUAAAAUUGACUG